AGAAUAUGCAGUUUAGGAACAGACAUUAGAUUAUAACAAAACACACGUAUUAUUAUCUGAUGGUCAAUAUUAUCUGACUUCAAUAAAAUAUGGGGAAUACUGAGGUACGGCUCUGUAUUGAUUCUCUGCAGUGUGGAGAGGGAUUCACAGUCAACACAAACGGCCGUUGCAUUGACGCAAACGAGUGCAGGCGUCUGCCAGCCGUGUGUCCUCACACUCGUCCGGUGUGCACCAACACAUACGGACACUAUAAGUGCAGCUCUAAGAAGAGAUGUGUUGAGGGCUACAAGCCCAGCAGAGACGGCCGAGCGUGUGUGGCUGUGGCCUCCCGGUACGACAGCAGCGUCUCUUCUUCUCCUGUCUGUCCUAGUUUUCAUCUUCCUGAGCUUCUCCUGGUCUCCGUGUUGAGUGUCUCUGGAGGUCUGUCUCCGUGUCGUUGAGUCUCUGGAGGUU